UUCCUUCAUGCUUCAGAAAUGAAUUUGUCAAACAACGAAAGUGAUCCUUUUGGUCGGAAUGAGGAGGUGGCCAAGCUUGAGAUCACAGUGCUGAGUCUGACCUUCAUUAUUGCCAUUGCAGGCAACCUCACUGUCCUGGCAGCAAUGUGCAAGACGAAGAAGAAGGCGUCAAGGAUGCUCCUCUUUAUCAAGCACCUGAGUCUGGCAGACCUGGUGGUGGCCUUUUUCCAAGUGUUGCCACAACUAUGCUGGAAGAUCACAUUUCGCUUCUACGGACCAGACUUCCUGUGCAGGAUUGUUAAGCACCUCCAGGUGCUGGGUAUGUUUGCAUCUACUUACAUGAUGGUGAUGAUGACAGUGGAUCGCUACAUUGCUAUAUGCCACCCACUGAAGACGCUGCAGCAGUCCACACGCCGCUCCUACAUUAUGAUCGGCAGCACGUGGCUGGGGAGCCUUGCACUUAGCACCCCCCAGUAUUUUAUCUUCUCGCUGAGCGAGAUCCGCAGUGGCACUCAUGUCUAUGACUGUUGGGGCCAUUUCAUUGAACCAUGGGGUGGCCGUGCUUACAUCACCUGGAUCACAGUGGGCAUCUUCCUCGUGCCUGUAAUUGUGCUAAUCAUAUGUUAUAGCUUUAUAAGCUACAGCCUCUGGAGGAAUGUCAGGUUUAAGACAAAGAAUAGGGAGUGCAAACACGAGCUUACAGAGAACAGCUUGGUGAGCAGUGUGACCACCAUAUCUAGAGCCAAAAUUAGGACUGUCAAAAUGACAUUUGUCAUCGUGCUGGCAUACAUAGUGUGCUGGGCACCGUUUUUCAUCGUGCAGAUGUGGUCAGUUUGGGAUAAGAACUUCCUCUGGGACGAUUCUGAGAACUUGGCAGUGACUCUCUCAGCCUUGCUGGCAAGCUUGAACAGCUGCUGUAACCCCUGGAUCUAUAUGAUAUUCAGUGGUCACCUUCUUCAAGAUUUUACACACUGUCUUUCCUUCCAUCAGAAAAUGCACCACAAUGACAAGAAAGAGGAUUUAGACAGCAGCUUACGGAAGGCCACUGUCCUCACAAGGAUUCCCAAUCGGAGCCCCUUAUGUGGUUUAAAAGACUUUGAGCAUUCUUCUAAAGCUACUCAGCCAGAGAUGGGCUGCUAUUAGAGUCAGACGUUUACAAAAUUCUGUAAAUGAGGGCUGGAUGAUUGUGUGUAGAUUAUGCAGUUAAUCUCAAACAUAAAGAAAGCGCAAUAGUUGUGAUCAUCAAGUACAUGCACAAUUUACUGUAUGUGCCUAUUAAAUGAGCUGAUUAAAAAGUCUACGAGCUCCUGUGAGGUCAUA